CAAACCCCAUCCUGUCUACCAUAAUACGCAGGCGCAUCUCCUCAAACCCGUUCCCUGCCAUACACCUCUCUCUCUUCAUUUCUUUCUCCCUGAACUUCCAGCAUCUCAGCAAGUUCAAACUCUCCUGCGUGAGGGUGGCGGCGAUCGAGAGGUCACGUGAUGAGCAUCUUGCUGCCCAACAUGGCGGAAUUCGACACCAUCUCGGAACUGGAGGAGGAGGAAGAAGCAGCUACGUCCUCGUCCUCGUCGUCGCCGUCGUCGUCAUCGUCUGUAUCGGGGCUCGAGGAUGACGAGGGAGAUGAGGAGGAGGAAGAAGAGGAGGAAGAAGAGGAAGAGGAGAAGGAGCAAGAGGAGGAGACGCCGCCACCGCCUCGGGUAGUGAGCGAGGAGCACCUGCGGAGAUAUGCCCCCGACCCUGUACUGGUGCGGGGCGCCGGCCACAUCACCGUGUUUGGCUUGAGCAACAAGUUUGAUACUGAAUUUCCCUCCGUUCUAACAGGAAAGGUGGCCCCAGAAGAAUUUAAGACCAGCAUUGGCCGUGUGAAUGGGUGUUUGAAAAAGGCUCUCCCAGUCAAUGUGAAAUGGCUGCUGUGUGGUUGUCUCUGCUGUUGUUGUACUCUGGGUUGCAGCCUGUGGCCUGUUAUUUGUCUCAACAAAAGAACCAGAAGAUCAAUUCAGAAGUUAUUAGAAUGGGAAAAUAACAGAUUAUAUCACAAGCUUGCUUUACACUGGAAGUUGACUAAAAGGAAAUGUGAAACUAGCAAUAUGAUGGAGUAUGUAAUACUAAUAGAAUUCUUACCAAAAUAUCCCAUAUUCCGACCUGACUGAGGAAUUUUAUUCAGUCACUUCUGUGUUACCUGUCAUUUCCUACCCUUAGUGCCUUGUAGAUGAUUUUGGAAUGAAGAUGGUCUCCUUUGCUGUGUUCAAUUUAUUCUUUAUAAUGGUAGAAUAUUUUCCUCACUCUUUUGUGUUGGUUUAAGAAGAAAAUUUGCACAUCUUUUUUUUUGUUGUUAAAUGAGGCUUGUGUUUUGCACUCUCCAUUUUUAAAUAAAUACACACAUAUAUGUGUAUAUGUAGUUGCCAUUAAAGAUUAAACAUUAGUGCUGGCGUUUUAAAAAAAAACCAAAAACUGUUCUAAGCAUGCUGCCUUAUAAUUUUCCUACUUGCUGUUUCUAAAUAGGCAUCAUUUUUCUAGGCUACUUUAAUGCUCUGUAAUCCCAUAUUAAACAUACAUAAAUAAGCUAUUGGUAGCUUUUAGCAAUGGUUUUACUCUUUCCUGCUUAUAAAGGACAUGCAAUUAAUGGCACUCGUUUUGUCCUGCACUUAGCUAAAUUAUCAUUUAUGUUAGUGGAUAAAAUAUUUAAACUCCUAACGACUUGUAAAUAUUGUCUCUUUGCAUAAUGUACAAUGUGGUAUGCCAUGGUUUACAGAAUUUAAUAUUGCUCUUACUGUAUUGCCAACAAUUCUGCAUAGAUUUUAAUAUGAUUGAAGUUUGUAAGCAUCCUUUGGAAUGUACAUACUGUUAACAUGCUAUUGUAUGGCAAAGCCACAAUAAGUAUGUUAAAAAUUUCAGCUGUAGAACAGGGUUGCCCUUUGUAAUGAGUUGAUUAAAAUUGAAAUAAUUUGAGAUAUUCUGCCUUGCACCUGAAACGAAGAACCUGAUUUUUUCCAUUUAAUUUAGUAGUUCCAGUUUUGUCCUCCAUUUCCAUCCCCAAAAGAAUUCAUUUGACAUCUGACACAUUUCACAACCUCAGUAUUCUCAUUUAUUUACCUUAAUGUUUCAUUUCCCUUGUUUGAAAAUACACACAAUUAUGACUUAUAAAGGAGUAUUUCAAGAUUUCAAAUGGCUUAGAUGGUGUGUAGAUCCCCAUGAAUGCCACUGCUAACCCCCUUUUGGAGUUCUGAUAUUCUACUUUGGGAAAGAGAGAGCUAAUUGAAAAGCUGUACCUAAAGUAUAUGUAGUGGCUGAAUCAUAACUGAUAAAAUAUUCUUAAUCUUAUUUUUGAGGAUCUUUUUUUCAACAUUUGGAUAUUAUAAAUAAGGAAAGACAAGUAUUUAAACCAAAAUAUUUUACUUUAAAAAUUCACCCCAUAUAUAGCCUUUUCAUUGGUAUGUGCAUAUUUCGCCUCACAAUUAAGAUAAGUGAGCCCUCACUGGUUUGGCUCAGUGGAUAGAGCGUCGGUCUGCGGACCGAAGGGU